AUGACUGUCGCCGAGUCAGUCAAGAGUGCUGUGGGCCUCGCGGACACCUCCGCAACCCGCCAGGAAAUGUCGGAGGCUCGCCUCCCUAUGCAGUACCGUGACUCGUGUGCACACCUUCUCAUCCCGCUGAACCGCUGCCGGCAAGCCGAAUACUACCUUCCCUGGAAGUGCGAGGACGAGCGACACUCUUACGAAAAGUGUCAGUACGAAGAAUUCAAGAAGCGGGUGGCAAAGAUGGACGAGCUCCGGGCCUCCAAGGACGGCGCCCGCAGCAACUGA